AUGGAAACUCUUGAUAAGUUAAAGGCGAAACGCAAGAUAAUUCGUACUGCUUGUACAAAAUUGAUUAACAAGGCUUAUUUGUUAUUAGAAAGUUGUGAUAUUGAAAGCGAAAGGGACCAAGAACAACUUUCGGAACAUUUAUCUAGUUUAGAAGCAAAACAAUUAGACCUCAAAAGCCUUAAUAGUGAAAUUGAGGAUUUAAUUUCUGAUAGUGCAUUGUUUGAUAUAGAAAUUCAAAGCUCUUUUGAAUAUGAAGAGCAAAUAAAUGAAGCUAAGUUCAAAAUCAAAAGUAAGAUCAAAAAGUUUAAAACUGAUCAACAACCUAUCCCACCACUUGCUGCUAAUGGUUCUAAUGUAAGAAUUAACUGUCCUGCAACAAGCAUUAAUUUGCCAAAACUAAGAAUUCCCACAUUUAGUGGAGAUGCUAGUACUUUUCUAGAAUUCAUCAAUAGCUUCAAUAAUGCGAUUGACUCUAAUGAUUCUUUAAGUAAUGUUGAUAAAUUCAUAUAUUUAAAGUCCUUUUUAUCCGGCGAAGCUUACAAAAUUGUUUCCGGUUUUUCUCUUACUGAAGAAAAUUACAAAUCGUGUUUAUCUCUGUUAAAGGACAGAUAUGGGAAGCAAGACCAUUUGAUUAGUCAUUUCAUGAAUCGCCUAUUAGAAACUGAACCCGUAAAAUCCUCUUUCAAUCUCAAGGGAUUACGAAAACUGCAUGACGAGAGUGAAAUAAGCAUAAGAAAUUUAAACUCAAUGGGAAUUGCAUCCGGAAAUUAUGGCCAUUUACCUAUACCUAUUUUAUUAAAGCAAUUACCCCAAGAUUUAGUCAUAGAGUUCCAUCGUAGAAGAGAUUCUUAUAAGAUUGGUGACGUCAAUGAAUUGAUAAAAUUUAUAAAAUUCGAAAUUGAAUCGCGUGAAUCUGCUAAUAUUGCAACAGGACAUUCUCAAAAAGUUCCCGAAAUUCCCCGAUAUCCUUCACGAAAUUCUGUUUAUCAUGGACAUACUAAAUUUAAAAAUAAAUUGCCUUCAUCUGCCGCGUUAAAUACUGUAGUUAAAAAUGUAUGUGCCUUUUGUAACUCCGACACGCACACUGCAUUAAAAUGCAAAAAUUUAUCGGAUGGGCAAAAACGUUACAAAUUAAAGAAAGAGGGUAGAUGCUAUCGGUGCAUGGCUCAUAGACAUAUAAUUUCACAAUGCAAGGCAAAAAUUCCACCCUGUGAGACAUGCCAGAGUUUUCAGCACAAUUCCUUGUUUUGCCCAAAAAAUAAAAUUGAAAGCAGCUCGUUUGAAACCGAAACCCACGGACAGGAAGUCGUAAUUUCUUCCGUUUUAAAGGCAGAAGAGAACCCUGGCAGUUACGCGACCUUACUUCAAACGGCUAACGUCCAGGCAGAAAAUGGUGCCAACAAGAUCAUGGCUAGACUUUUAUUUGACUCAGGAUCACAAAAGUCCUUCUUGCGCAGUGAUCUGGAACAAGCUUUAAAUUUAAAAUCAAUACGCCAAGAGAAGCUUUUAGUUUAUACUUUCUCGAACCGAGAACCAAUCGAGAAAAUAUUCGAUGUUGUACGAUUCAGAAUAAGGAGCAAAUUUCCCCCUUAUCAAUUCUUAAACAUUGAGGCUUUGGCUUCAGAAGAAAUAACUGGCUCGGACGUAUACUCGAACGUUGACCUCAAACAUGUAAACAAAGUCAUUCCAGCCACCUGCAACCUUUCUGACUCCCUCGAAAAUUCCACCCCUAUCCAGAUCCUGUUGGGGGCGGACUUCCUGUGUAAUGUUCUAAGGGGAGAAGCAAGAAAAAUAAAUAAAAACUUGUUCUUGCAGCCGACACUCUUUGGUGACACUUUAAUUGGACAAAUCCCAGACUUGCAGAAAAGAAAACAUUCCUCCGUAUUUACUGUAUCUUGUGCUGUAGUGGAAACUGAUCUGAAGCGCUUGUGGGAGUUAGAUUCUUUCUUGAUCGAUGGGACUUCGGAAAAUAAAUCCAGGGAUAAUUUAGGUGAUUUCGGAAAAGAGCUUAAAAUAAAAAACGGACGAUAUGAAGCACCGUUGCAAUGGAAAACAAACGAAAUUAAAGAAAAAUUAAGUAAUAAUUUUGACGUUGCGGAAAAGAGAUUCAUUGCUUUAGAGAAAAAAUUUAAUAAGGAUCAAGCGUUGUUUGAGAGGUAUAAUGCUGUUAUGCAAGAGCAAGUUAACGAAGGCAUAAUUCAGAUGUGUCAUGACGAAUGUUUUACUGGAUAUGUAAUGCCGCAUAGAGAGGUUUUCAGGGAAACUUCUUCCAGUACAAAAACUAGGAUACGCUUCCUCAAUGAAAGUGUAGACACUUCCAGUGUCUCAGGUGGACUAUUAAUUACAUCUCCAAUUAUAAAAUGA